UUGGACAGCUGCGCUCUCGUUGACCAUGGAGUUGGCCGGUUCCCCUGCGUGUUCGGUGUGUGGUCCGCCUGGCGUCGCAUCGGCCGUCCGCCCGCGUCCCCGUCACCUGUGGACAAAUCAACAGAUGUUCGCUAAAUCAGCUCCAUGAUGGAUAACGCUCCGGCUGCUACGUAGCCUGAGUGGGAGGGACUGUCCGUCUUCCAGCGUUGCCAUUGGUUUUACAGUCCGCACGGCGGAGAGGGGGUGCCUCUAAUCAUAUCCAGCAUGUUUUGCACAAGAAAUGUCAGCCAGAAAGGGUUAUCUUCUCCCUUCGCCAAAAUACACCACAAUAAUGUCAUGUUCGGACAGCCCGUCAGGAAAUGCGUUUUUAGUGGACUCUCUGAUCAGUGGCCGCACCGACAGCGGAGGUCACUAUACGGGAAGUGCGCUGUGCGUGCCUCACGGUGCCGCCACAGAAGUGCCUUACGGACUACAUAACUAUGGAUACUUCCCAGGUAUGGGCAAGCGGGGCGAGGUGUGUCCUCAAAACAUGGUUUCUACCUCAGGCGCGUACAUGUCCAGCAUGGAGAUGUGGAUGGACGCGCAGAGGUCAUGUCGCAUGGACCAAGAGCAGCCGGUAGGUCCUCAGGUCGCGCCCUGCUCUUUCCCGCAGAACAUUAAGGAAGAGAGCACCUAUUGCCUGUAUGAGCAGCCGAAGUGCCCCAAAGCGUCCACCGCCGAAGAUCUUACGUAUUCAAGAUUAACAACAGCCGGCCUCGGCUCCGGUUCUUGUACAAUCACUGAUGGCGGCGGGGGCUCUGUGCCUGUGCCGGGCUACUUCCGCUUGUCUCAGACGCACGCACAUUCUCAUAAACUUUACAACACCAACGGCCCCCAACCGAACCCUUCCCAUUCUCAUUUCGGCCUACACCCCACUGCUUCUGCUCGUUUCAACGCGCCGCCAGCCGCGACUGCUGCCCCAGCCACGGCGCAGGAAAGGAGCAACGCCGAGGAGUCGGUGUCCUCGGGGGGAGGCGAGCCGCAGACUCGCGCCGCGCCGGGGAGCGAGAAGGCGCACGAGUCCUCGGACGCAGACGCCUCCUCAGCCGAAGAGACGGACGAGCAUGACAAAGAGAGACCAAAGACUACUAAAGGUGACACAAAAAGUGAAAACACGGCCAACUGGCUGACAGCGAAGAGCGGCCGGAAAAAACGCUGCCCCUACACCAAACACCAGACACUGGAGCUGGAGAAGGAGUUCCUCUUCAACAUGUACCUGACCCGAGAGCGCCGCCUAGAGAUCAGUAAAAGCGUCCACCUGACGGACAGACAGGUUAAGAUCUGGUUCCAGAACCGCAGGAUGAAACUGAAGAAAAUGACUCGGGAAAACCGGAUCCGGGAGCUCACCUCUAACUACGGAUUUUCGUGAUGCAUGAGGUGAUUAUACUGAUAUAUGAUAACAUGGGUGAAUUAAACGAGACCCCCUCCUCCUGCCUCAGCAACUCUUCACUUUGCCCACAAAAUGACUAAUUUCACUGUGGGAUCCAACUAAAAAAAAAAAAAAAAAACUAUCCACACACACUUAAUGUCGAUGCAUCAUCCGCUCUGAGCUCCCAGAAACAGAGCAGAGGGAACAGGAAAUCCUCUGGGUUCUAUUAGAUUGUCUCCUGGUGUGUUUUUAUAUCGUUGACCCGUUUCUGUCACUUCUGUCGUGUGGUUGGAUCGUGUCGUCAGUGGAGUUAAAUCAGUGCAAUUUAUAAAACACGGCCCUACUUCCAUUCAUUUGUCCACCACUUCCCACAGCUCAUAAAUAUCCUAAACCCAGUGAAACAAUUACGGUUAUCUUAUAUAAUUGGAGAAGUAUUGUACACAUUUACCCACAUUUUAUCAGUUUUAAACCCUGUGAAAUAUAAUUAAUAAUUCACCCAUAAAAAUUAGAUUUAGUCCUUCAUGAUAUAGAAUAUUCCUUGUAUGACCUUUACCCACAAACGGUGCGCAAAGCGGAGGGAGAUGUUUUAAUUGUAUAUUUGUGUGUACAUAUGACGUUGUGUUUUUUUUGUGUAAUGCCUAAUAAAUUAUCAGCCCGCAUUAUGAGGA